AUCUGCCCAACGAGAUGGACACUUACCAAAUUUCGCUAGCUUUCAUCGGCCUCUGAAUUUUACCCAAUCCUUAAGUCAAAUAUCCAAUCAAGUUUACCGUAAAGCCUUGCCCAACAUGAGUAUCGACGUCGUGAUGCAGCUGCUCUACGGAACGUCGCUUCUGACUACAAUCAUGGUGGCUCCUUUGGCCACGCUUGACUUGGACGUGGACAAAAAAUACCAAAGCACCGCAAAAGACCGCUAUUUGGAAGUUAUGCUCUACGCGGCCGUUUCACUCGUGCUGACCGCCAUGGCGUUAAUGCACAGCCUGGUGACGUCGCCGCGUUGGCGGAAGCAGAAUUCAGCGAAGAUUUUCCUGGCUAUGCUUCCCUGGAUGCUAGUGUGCUGCAUUCAUUUUCUGAUGAACGUGAUGCUGCAGCUCAACGCGAUUUUCAACAUGGCGACAGAGACGCGCCAAAAGGCUUUGAUCUACGCCCUGGGCUUCUAUUGCCCCAUCUUUGGUUUGGCCCUGGAACAGAUGCUCCACUGGAACGUCGUUUUCCAUUUGAUGACCGACGGGAUAAUAACAAGCAUCUCUAACACCCAACAGCCGUUAGGGAAAUUCUAAGUUGGCAGACCGAUUUCACUAAUUUACAACCUAUAGCUCAAUUUGUAGUAACUUACGCGUUUAUGCUACAUAAGAUAGAUUCAUCUUUUGAGCAUUGAUUUACAAUAGGCACCCACACACUUCCACAUUUUGAUAAGAGGUUUGAGAUUAAAUGUAUGUGUAAAUGU